UUACGGCAGGAAAUGCCUUGUGCUUCGUCGUGUUUCGUCACUUCCUUUCACACCGGCUCGCUGUCGACUUUUACAUCGUAGUAGCACCGGUUGGAUUUAAUCUCUCGAAAAAGGGGUUACAGCUAAAGGUCAUGGCAAAGUUUCACGCCCCUGUGAUCCAGGACAACCCGUCCGGAUGGGGCCCCUGCGCCGUUCCAGAGAAGUUCAAAGACAUGCCCUACCAGCCUUUCAGCAAAGGAGACCGUCUGGGGAAGGUCGCUGACUGGACCGGAGCUACGUACCAAGACAAGAGAUACACCAAUAAAUAUUCUUCUCAGUUCGGCGGCGGCAGCCAGUACGCUUACUUCCACGAGGAGGACGAGACGAGCUUCCAGCUGGUGGACACCGCUAAGACUCAGAAGAGGGAAUUUUUUUGCCACCAGGCUCAGCUGAAGCCCAGAGACUCGUCUGUGGAGGUGAGGAGUGACUGGGAGGUGAAGGAGGAGAUGGACUUCCCUCGACUGAUGAAGAUGAGAUACAUGGAGGUUUCUGACCCUCUGGACAUUGAGUGCUGCGGUGCUUUGGAAUAUUACGACAAGGCGUUCGAUCGGGUCACCACCCGAAACGAGAAGCAGCUGAAAAGCAUCAAGAGGAUCUUCCACACCGUCACCACCACCGACGAUCCGGUCAUCAGGAAGCUGGCUAAGACUCAGGGCAACGUGUUUGCCACCGACGCCAUCCUGGCCACGCUGAUGUGCUGCACGCGCUCGGUGAACUCCUGGGACAUCAUCGUGCAGAGAGUCGGCAACAAGCUGUUCUUCGACAAGAGAGACAACUCGGACUUUGAUCUGCUGACUGUGAGCGAAACGGCCAACGAGCCGCCGCAGGAUGAGGGAAACUCCUUCAACUCUCCUCGUAACCUGGCCAUGGAGGCCACCUACAUCAACCACAACUUCAGCCAGCAGUGUCUACGCAUGGGUGCAGAGAGGUACAAGUUCCCAAAUCCCAACCCGUUUGUGGAGGAGGACAUGGACAAGAGUGAGGUGGCGUCUGUAGCCUACAGGUACCGCCACUGGAAGCUUGGAGAAGACAUCGACCUGAUCGUCCGCUGUGAACACGAUGGGGUGAUGACUGGAGCGAACGGAGAAGUGUCCUUCAUCAACGUCAAGACUCUUAAUGAGUGGGACUCCAGGUAUUGUAACGGAGUGGAUUGGCGUCAGAAGCUGGACUCUCAGCGAGGCGCCGUCCUAGCCACCGAGCUGAAGAACAACAGCUACAAACUGGCUCGUUGGACCUGCUGUGCCAUGCUGGCUGGAUCCGAGUACCUGAAGCUUGGGUACGUCUCUCGUUACCACGUGAAGGACUCUUCCCGCCACGUCAUCCUGGGAACCCAGCAGUUCAAACCAAACGAGUUUGCCAGCCAGAUCAACCUGAGCAUGGAGAACGCCUGGGGAAUCCUCCGCUGCGUCAUCGACAUCUGCCGCAAGCUGGAUGAGGGCAAAUACCUGAUCCUGAAGGACCCCAACAAGCAAGUGAUUCGGGUUUACAGUCUGCCUGAGGGAACCUUCAGCUCUGACGAGGAGGAGGAGGAAGAGGAGGAUGAAGAGGAUGAGGAGGAGGAGGAUGAAGAGAAUUAAAGUGGAGUUUCCUUCUUCGACCAAAUCAACCUUCAUCUUUCUCACAAAAACCACCAUUUAAUUCCCUUUGAAACUCAAUAAAGACAAGUUGGACAAAUGA